AUGUCUCGCGAUGCUGAUCGUAAUAAAUUGCCACGUUCAAAUAGUCAUGAUAAUAUUUCAUUAAAUCCAAUUCCAAAAAUAAUUCAUUCAAAACCAACAUCUCAUGGUGCUGGUGAAACGAGUUUUGGUGCUAAAGAUGAUGGUUCAACAAUGUCAUCUUCGAAUGAAUAUGCUGCUUCACCAUACAAAAAUGCUUCAUCAGCCAUAGCUGGUGUUAUACGUGGUCAUGCACCUGGGCGAGAACAUAUUACAACAUUAUCGAUUCCAGAACAACAACCAACAGUUGCUUAUACAAGUGAUUUAUUAUUACCAAUUAAUUUUCUUCCAGGAGAAGAUGAUGUUAAAUUAAGAGAUGAUGUAACUUAUGGUCAUAAACGAAAAACCCUCCAACGUGGUGAAUUAAUUGUAACUAAAUAUCGUUUACUAUUUAUUACAAAAUCACCUGAUCCCCUUCAAAUUCUUGUUGAUGUACCACUCGGUAUGAUAAGUCAGAUAGAAAAAGUUGGUGGACAAACACGUAGUAAUAUAAGUGAUGGUGCUGCAUAUGGUAUUGAAGUUGAUUGCAAAGAUCUUCGACGAUUUUUUUUCGGUAGUGCUAAAGAACAAAAUCAACGACGAAAUUUAUAUGACAAUUUAACUCGUUUAAUUUUUCCAUUUUCUAUUACCAAAGCAGAUACUGGAAAUCCGUUACAAUUUUUUAGUUCUUUCUUUGCUUGGAAUUAUAAGAAGAAAAUAUGUCCGAAUGAAACUGAUAUAGGAUGGAAAAUAUACAAUAAAGUACAAGAUUAUACAAGAAUGGGUCUUGGAAAAAACGGUGAUCCAAAUUGGAUAAUCGAUACUGAAAUAAAUAAAAAUUAUUCUUUAUGUGAUACAUAUCCAAAUACUCUUGUUGUUCCAUCUAGUAUUGAUCUAUUAAGAUUACAAAAUGUAGCAACAUUUCGUAGUCGAAAUCGUCUACCAGUUCUUAGUUGGUAUUCACGUGAAACUUGUGCAACAAUAAUUCGUUCAAGUCAACCGUUAACUGGUCUUAAUCGUAAAAAUCAAGAUGAUAUUGAUUAUCUACAUGAAAUAGCGAAUGCCAAUAAAAAUCAAAAUUCAAAAUUAUUUAUUCUUGAUGCACGUCCAAAAGUAAAUGCUAUAGCGAAUAAAGCGAACGGUGGUGGAUAUGAAGAUUAUUCGGAAUGUGAACUUGAAUUUCAUAAUAUACAAAAUAUUCAUGUUAUGAGAGAAAGUUUACAUAAAUUACAUUCGGCUAUACGACAUGGAUCACAAGAAGAUAAAAGUUGGUUUAAUGAUUCAGCUAAUUCAAAUUGGUUAGCUCAUAUCCAAACGAUCUUAACAUCUGUCAAUCAAAUAGUUUCAUUUAUUCAUAAUGAUAAACGAUCGGUAUUAGUACAUUGUUCAGAUGGAUGGGAUCGAACAGCACAACUUACUUCAUUAUCAAUGUUAAUGCUCGAUCCAUAUUAUCGAACAAUCAAAGGUUUUAUGGUUUUAAUCGAAAAAGAAUGGAUUAGUUUUGGUCAUAAAUUUUUUUUACGUAUUGGUCAUGGUGAUAAAAAUGAAUCCGAACAAUCACCUGUUUUUCUUCAAUUUCUUGAUUGUACAUAUCAGUUAAUACAACAGUUUGAAUCCGCUUUUGAGUUUAAUGAAACAUUUCUAUUAAAAAUAGCUGAGUAUUUAUAUUCAUGUCAAUAUGGUACAUUUUUAUUAAAUUCCGAAAAAGUACGUGUUGAUAUGAAAAUAUCCGAAUAUACAAUGUCUGCAUGGACACCUAUGUUAGAAGAUCAUCAAAUUUAUACAAAUAAACUUUAUAAUGAAAAACUCGAUCAAGUUUUACGAAUCAGUUGUUCUUCUGAACAUAUUAAAUUAUGGAACAAUUAUUAUUGUCGUUAUAUGUCUGAUCAUCAAUCAACAUCGGAUAAUAUAAUACAUCGUACGUCAACACUAUUACAUUUGCGAAAUAGAUUAAAUCCUAAUCAACAUGAUGAUGAAUCUUCUCAGCCACGAUCUCGUUCAUCAUCAUAUGUAGGAUCUGGUACACAAUAUCCAAAUCCUUCACCAGCAUUACGAAAAACAAAAGAAUAA